AUGAUUAUAUUAUUUUUAGUGAGUGAUAGAGAUGAAGAGCAAAAGGAAUCUCGAAAAAAACAUAAAGAGCGAAAACGAUCUUUGAAAAAAGAUGAAGAACAAGAAGAAUUUUCAGAAAAAGAUAAUGAGCAAAAGCAAUCUUCAAAAAAACGUGUAGAGCGAAUACAAUCUCCAGAAAAAGACGAAAAGCGAACACAAUCUCCAAACAACGAUGAAGAGCAAAAGCAAUCUUCGAAAAAACAUAAAGAGCGAAAACAAUCCUCGAAAAAAGAUGAAGAACAAGAAGAAUUUCCAGAAAAAGAUAAUGACCAAAAACAAUCAUCGAAAAAACGUGCAGAGCGAAUACAAUCUCCGAGAAGCGACGAAGAGCAGAAGCAAUCUUCUGAACAAGUUGAAAAGCGAACACAAUCUCCAAACAAAGAUGAAGAGCAAAAGCAAUCUUCGAAAAAACAUAAAGAGCGAACACGAUCUUCGAAAAUAGAUGAAGAGCAAGAGGAAUUUCCAGAAAAAAAUGAAGAGCAAAAGCAAUCAUCGAAAAAGCGUGCAGAACGAAUAAAAUCUCCAGGAAAAGAUGAAGAGCAUGAAGAAUUUUCAACAAAAGAUAAUGACCAAAAGCGAUCUUCGAAAAAACGUGCAGAGCGAACACAAUCUCCAAGAAAAGAUGAAGAGCAUGAAGAAUUUUCAAAAAAAGAUAAUGACCAAAAGCAAUCAUUGAAAAAGCGUGCAGAGCGAAUACAAUCUCCGAGAAACGACGAAGAGCAAAAGCAAUCUUCUGAGCAAGGUAAAGAGCGAACACAAUCUCCAAACAAAGAUGAAGAGCAAAAGCAAUCUUCGAAAAAACAUAAAGAGCGAAAACAAUCCUCGAAAAAAGAUGAAGAACAAGAAGAAUUUCCAGAAAAAGAUAAUGAACAAAAGCAAUCUUCAAAAAAACUUACAGUGCGAAUACAAUCUCCGAAAAACAAAGAUGAGCAAAAGCAAGCUUCGAAAAAAGAUGAAGAGAAAAAAGAAUCUUCAAACAAAGAUGGAGAGCGAGAACAAUCUCCAGAAAAAGAUGAAGAGCAAAAAGAAUUUUCAAAAAAAGAUGAUGAGCAAAAGCAAUCUUCAGAAAAAGAUAUAGAGCAAAAAGAAUCUCCAAGAAAAGAUGAAGAACAAGAUCAAUCUUCGAAAAAACGUGCAGAGCGAGUACAAUCUCCGAGAAGUGAUGAAGAGCAAAAGCAAUCUUCAAAACGAAGUGCAGAGCAAAAGCAAUCUCCAGGAAAAGAUGAAGAGCAGAAACAGUCUUCGAAAAAACAUGAAGAGAAAAAAGAAUUUUCAAACAAAGAUGGAGAGCAAAAGCAAUCUUCAAAACAAAAUGCAGAACGAAAACAAUCUCCAGGAAAAGAUGAAGAGCAAAAACAAUCUUCGGAAAAACAUGAAGAACAAAAAAAAAUUUCAAAGAAAGAUGAUGAGCAAAAGCACUCUUCGAAAAGACAUGAAGAGAAAAAAGAAUCUUCAGACAAAGAUGGAGACCAAAAGCAGUCUUCAAAGAAAGGUGCAGAUCGAAAACAGUCUCCAAGAAAAGAUGAAAAUAACAAAGAAACAAGAAUUAAUAUGCCACCACCAUCACCACCUGACGGAGAUUGGAAGACACUUGAUGUUGAAGAUUUAUAUGAUAAAGACAAAUGUGAUUUAAAUAGAUAUGAAUUAGAUACUGUUUAUAAGCUACUUGAAUCUUCACCAAAAGGUCUUACCGAUGAACAAGUUAAAGAACGUACCGAAAAAUUUGGUGAAAAUAAAAUCGAACAAAAAGAACGACAUCCAGUUCUUCAAUUUCUUCUUUUUAUGUGGAAUCCUCUUUCUUGGGUAAUGGAAGCUGCUGCUAUUGUUGCUAUUGCUUUGAGUAAUGGUGGUGGUGAACCACCUGACUGGCCUGAUUUUGUUGGUAUUCUUUUACUUCUUUUCAUCAAUGCUACAAUUGGUUAUAUUGAAAAAUAUCGAGCAGGUAAUGCUGUUAAAGCAUUAAUGGCUUCAUUAGCACCUGAAUGUCGCGUCAAACGUAAUAAUGCAUCUUGGACAACAAUUGAAGCUAGUCAAUUGGUACCUGGAGAUAUUGUUGCUAUUAAAUUAGGCAAUAUAAUACCAGCUGAUGCUCGAAUUAUUUCAUCACCAGGUGGAGUUAUUUCAAUUGAUCAAGCAGCAUUAACUGGUGAAUCAUUACCAGUUACAAAAGAAGUAGGUGAUAUUGUACUUUCAUCAACAACAUGUAAACAAGGUGAAUGUGAAGCAAUAAUUGUAGCAACUGGAUUAAAUACCCAAUUUGGUCAUGCAGCUCAAAUGGUUGGUGGAGCAAAAGAUGAAAUGGGUCAUUUACAAAAAAUUUUAGCUAAAAUUGGCAAUUUUUGUAUGAUUGGUAUUGUAAUUUUUAUUAUUGCUGAAAUUUUUGUUAUGUAUGUUGGAUAUAAAUAUAGUUAUCGCCGUGGUAUUAAUAAUAUAUUAGUUUUACUUAUUGGAGGAUUACCUAUUGCAAUGCCAACAGUUUUAUCAGUAACACUUGCUAUUGGUGCGAAACAAUUAUCUGAUCGUAAAGCAAUUGUAACACGUUUUACAGCUAUUGAAGAACUUGCUGCUGUAACUAUUCUUUGUUCAGAUAAAACUGGUACAUUAACACUUAAUAAACUAAUUAUUGAUAAAGAAACAAUUGUUAAAUAUACUGAUAUUGAACAAGAUGAUAUUAUUCGAUAUGCUGCUUAUGCCAGUAAUCGAGAAAAUCCUGAUGCAAUUGAUACAUGUGUAUUAGAAUCAUAUGGUAAAGCUGAUUCGAUAGAUGAUUCUAUUACAGUUAAGUCAUUUAUUCCUUUUGAUCCAACAACAAAACGAACUGAAAUAACUUAUCAAGAUAAAUCUGAUUCAAAAACUUAUCGAGUAUCAAAAGGUAUGCCAGAUGCAAUUCUACGUUUAUGUAAAACAACUGAACAUGCUGAUAAAGUACGAAAAGAUGUUAAUGAAUUUGCUCGUCGAGGAUUACGUGGCUUAGCUGUUGCUUUAUCUCAUGGAGAUGAAAAUUUUCAAUUAAUUGGACUUUUACCAAUACUUGAUCCACCAAGAGAUGAUACAGCUGAAACAAUUAAAAGAGCACUUGAAUUAGGUGUUCGAGUAAAAAUGAUUACUGGUGAUCAAUUAGAAAUUGCAAAGGAAACUGGACGUCGUUUAGGUAUGGGUGAUACAAUGUACGUAUAUGAAGAUUUAAUAAAUGACAAAAGCGAAUCAUCAAAGGAUGAAGAUGAAAUUAAUAAAACUAUUCUUGAUGCUGAUGGAUUUGCUAGUGUAUUUCCAGAGCAUAAAUUUGAAAUUGUGAAAAGACUUCAAGAUAUGGGUCAUAUGGUUGCUAUGACUGGUGAUGGAGUAAACGAUGCUCCGGCAUUAUCUAGAGCUAAUGUUGGUGUUGCUGUAUCAGAUGCAAGUGAUGCAGCCCGUUCAGCUGCUGCGAUAGUAUUAACUGAACCAGGUCUUUCAGUUAUUAUUGAUGCUAUACUUGGUUCUCGACAAAUUUUUGCUCGUAUGACGAGUUAUGCUAUUUAUACAUGUUCAGUUACUAUUCGUAUAAUUGUUGGAUUUGCUUUACUUAUUUUUAUAUACCGUUAUGAUUUUCCACCAUUUAUGAUAUUAAUCAUGGCUAUAUUAAAUGAUGGCACAAUAAUGACAAUAUCAAAAGAUCGUGUUGAACCAUCACCAACACCAAAUGAAUGGCGUUUAAAACAAGUAUUUAUAUCAGCUAUUGUUUAUGGUCUUUAUUUAUCGGCAUCAACCGUUGUUUUCUUUGCAAUUGCUGUUGAUACAAGUUUUUUUCAAGAUCAUUUUGGUGUCGAGUCUAUAGAACAAACAUCUGAUGGAGGUUACUCACAUCAGCAUCUUCAUGCAAUGAUUUAUUUGCAAGUAUCAUCGAUUAGUCAAGGUCUAAUAUUCAUAACACGUUCACGUGGUUUCUGUUUUACAGAAAGACCAACAAUAUUAUUAAUUGCUGCAUUUGUUUUAACACAAUUAAUUACAACAUUUAUUGCCGUUUAUGCUGAUUGGGGUUUUACAGAUAUACGUGGUUGUGGAUGGAGUUGGGCAGGCAUUAUUUGGGUUUAUAAUAUUAUUUGGUAUAUUCCAUUAGAUUAUAUUAAAUUUGGUCUUCAAGCUGUAUUUCAUCGUAGUUUACAUGCUGUAAAACCAUUUGAACAUAUACGUCUUCGUCUUCUUGCAUCGAAACAAGCAAAAGGAACUGUUAUACCAUCAGAUUUAAUUGAAAAAAUUAUUAUUGAUCGUCGUGAACAUUUACGGCAAUCGCAACGACAAGAACCACUUGCUACUAAACCAGCAACAUAUAUGACAACAAAGUUAGAUCAAUUUACACAAACUGGAUCUUCAUUUUAUUCACCUUAUACAGACACACUUUCAUUUUUAAGAAAACAAAAUCCACUUUUAAAAUCUGUAUCAUUAGAUUAA